AUGGGUGACAGCCCCGAGCUGGUCCCCACCGAGGUAGCAACUGAUCUCGGUACAGACGGAUUUACAGACGCAGAAUCCGCGGAGAUGGACCUCUCAGGCACUUUGGCUAUGCCACCGUCUACGGAUGGCCGUGGCCUAGUGCUGGAAGAGAAUGCAGCAGCAGCUAAUGUGUUUGCGCCAAACGCACCUUCUCCUUUCGUAGGACUAGGAGCUCCGCAGAUCCACAUGUACCGACAACAGUUUCAGCAGAACAUCACGAUAGGUGAAACACCUGAACAAACAAGACUUCUCCUCACUGAGUUAGAGAACGAAGCAGAGUCCAGGCACCAGAGGUUCCGCCUAGCUGCUGAAGAAGCCCAUGAUCAACAAAUCGCAGAUGUUGAAGAAAGGGCUAACAGGCAGCACGAGGAAGUCGUUGCUAGACUUGAGUCUGAAAUUGCUAGCCAAAGGUAUAGCUUUGUCGCGAGGACAACUCUGGUUGAAGAGGCUGAACAAAACAAGAGGGAAAGCAUUAACGAGAUUGGGGAAUGGUUUGGGAGAGAGCAUGAUGAGGCAAUGAAAAGGCGGAAGGCCGACACGCCCUCCGUCGAGGUCCCCGUCACCCGCGCCAACGCGCAGGAAACCAAGCCGUGGUUGAAGGGUAAGGCCAAAGUGAUCAAGACGCUUCCCGUUUCUCCAUACACUGCAAAGGAGAACUGGGACUGGAAAGAGGGAAGAGGGGAAACCGGCGAUAAGAUGCCGUGGACCGGCAAGACUGUUUUCAAGAUCAAAGAACAAAACAAGAAGGCUUUCGCAGGAGCAGCAGAGGAACGAGAUCCAGUGGUCGAGCACCCCGAUCCUGAGAUCUCCGCAGCCAUCAAUGAGGAGGAAUACCUCGUCACCCCCGUCAAGGGUUGUGACUUUGCGUUCGAGAUAGGAAACUUUCCUAUUCUGAGGUCGAAGCGAAUGGAGUUGUUGCCUGGGGAUUUCACAUUCCCAAUGAGAUCCGAACAGCUUGCACUGCAGGAGAGCCUCCGUAAGCCGACCCUCUCAGAUCAGGACUGCUCGUGGGGAGGCACAGAUGGUGCCGGACCACGCGCCCCGCCUGGGGAUUCGCCGGACGAGCCUUUGCCUCCGCCCGGUGUGCCUGAUUUGGACGGCUCCGAUUUGAAGGAUCGUUUGUCCGAGUACUUGGACCAAGUGGCUAAGGAAAACGAGGACUAUGUUCCCGAAGAUGUCGGAGCUGUGGAGGACUGGCUGGGGAGGGAUGCUCCUGGAUCUUCUAAGGCACAACGGGAGGCUGACAUUGAAAGAUUCGAACGCAAGAAGGCUCGUGAAGCCGAGGAAGAUGCUCGCAAGGCCCUUAGAGACUCCCCGGCCAUGCCUGUCAUCGCCGAGCCUGACCCCGAGCCCCAUAGGGAUCGCAUGGCGUCCUUGUAUUGGGCCAAACUUGGUCAGGUUGCGAGUGAGAUGUUUGCUGCUGUUGCCAGGGUUGUCGGGCCUAAAGAAAUCGAAAGUACUCCCGCUGCGAAAGAAGCCAUGGACCGAGAAUGGAAGAAACUUGCCGAUAAGUCUUGCUGGCUCGAAAAGAAGGUUCGAGAAUACCGGGAUGUUGCCGCGGAAGCCAAACACAAGAAUGUCAAGGCCCAUUUCGGGAAAAUCUUUGAGAUUUGUUCGGUCAAGGGGGAUGAACUCCCGGACGGGCACCCCCAGAAGAAAUGGAAGGGUCGUAGUGUUUUCCAGGGCAACAACGUCCAGGACGAAAAUCACGAUCACGCCAUUUUCGCCGAACUAGGAUCAAGCCCCGCUAGUAUGGAGGCCGGGAAAAUCAUCGAUGUGUUUGGUAGCCAACCCGGGUACGUGAAACAGCAGGCUGAUGGCAUCGCUGCAUACACACAAGCCCUUUUUAAAGGCAUCGAAACGUGGGUCCGUCUCCCUCGAAACAGAUGGCCUAAAGAAUGGUCUGGGUAUGAAGAUCCUGUUUGCCCACUCAGGCUCGCUUUGUACGGCCACCCUGACUCAGGUGGUAUCUGGGAAAGGUACUGUACCGAACAGUUAGAGAGUGUUGGUUUUACUGCAGUUCUACCCGACAUUUGGCAUUCUGUAUUCUACCAUGCUGAACUAGAUUUGUUGCUUGUUGUGUACGUUGAUGACUUCAAGAUGGCCGGCCCCCAAGACAAAAUCAACAAAGGUUGGGAGUUGAUCGCUAAGGUGAUUGACAUGGAACCAGCCGAGGUCUUGGGACGGUACUUCGGGUGUCAUCACGUUGAGCAAAAUCAGGUCCAGCUUUCACGGGAGGACCACCCAUUUGCUUACGUCUUCGACAAGAAGCACGCUAGCCCAGCUGCCGACUACCAAGUCCGGCCGAACCGCAAAGAGGACUUCUGGGAGGUCGACGCUGAGUUAGCUGCAGUCGUUAGGCAUCACAUCUAUCCUCGUAGGUUGGUGGACUGGGAGAACAUAUUUCCCUAUCACAGAGGUCAGUGA